CUCUCUCGUCCCCGGUUCCGGUUUCAUUUGUUAGCGCUCUGCUUCUCUACUGUUCGCUCUUCUGCUUCCCUAUUGCCCUCUCCCCCUCCUAAUCAUCUGCUACACAAAUAAUGCUAUACGCCAUCCUGGCUUCGCUGGGCGGCAUCGAAGAGGUUUUGAAGUCCGUGUGGGUGUGGACGCCGACAGUUCUUUUCUACGUCGUCAUGAUGCUUGUUGGUCUUUCAGCCUUUGCCCUGUUUGGCGUGUUCCUGUUCCAGCGCGACAUGGUGUACCCAGCAGGCUUCCCUGCCAACUCUCGGACGCGGGUAAGUUGCGAUAUACAAGGGAUGCAGUAAUGACCUGCACAUUUGCAACACCGCCCAACUAAACCUAGACGU